CUCAGAGCCAGGCAUGUCAGCCCAGGAUGCCAACGCAGCCGCUUCUUCUUCCGGCCCGCCGUUCAGCCCGCCACGGGCACCCUGGGCGCGGCUUGCUCUAUCGGGCGGCGCCGCUGCUGCUUUGAUCCUUGCAGUGGCUGCAGCGGCUGGCAGGAUGCGGGCCGCAUCGCUUGAAGCCUGGGCGGCGCCCGGUACAGCUACUUGCCCCACCACGGCAAAAGGCUGGGCUGCUGCCGGCCAAUUCACACAUCAGGCGCACGGCGCCAGCAGGCCGUUCGCUUCGCGCCCGCGCACGGGAGCCAGCUCAGUGGCGGCUGCAGCAGCUACAGCUACAGCCACCACACCGACUCCUGCGGCAGCUGUUGCAGUGAGCGCAGCGCACCAGCGGCGGUCGCUGCAAUACAAGCUGGCGUACGUAAACUAUAAGUUGUUGCAGACGCUGACGCUGCCCAUCUGGGGCAAGCUGCUGACGCUGCUGGUGGUGGUACUGCCGGUGCUCCUCACCGCGGCGUCCAUUCUGGCCGUCGUGAGCGGGGAGCAUUUCCGCGACGCGCUACUGCGGUGCUACCAUAUAGUCUGCGGCGUGCCAGGCACCAAUGUGGUGGCUGAGGAGGACCCGCAGACCGCCCUGGUGUUGUACAUGGUGUGCCUUCUGGGGCCCCUGUUCUUCGCCGCGGUCAUUGGAGUGGUUGGCGAGGACAUAAAGCGGACGGUGUCGGCGGCGCGCUUCGGCAACCACCCUGUGCCCGAGAGCAACCACACAGUCAUCCUGGGACACAAUGGCAAACUGGUGGAGCUUCUGCGGCAGAUUACCCUGUCCCGGCGCCAACGCGGCGCGUUCCCCGGCCAGCUGGUGGUGCUGUGCGACACGCCCCGGUGGGACCUGGAUGCCGAGAUACUGGAGGCGCUGGGGCCGGCGCUGGCGGGGCAGGUGGUGACGCGGCAGGGCAAGCCGUUCAAGGUGGCCGACCUCGUGAAGGUGGCGGCGGGGCGCGCGUCCACCGUGGUAGUGCUGGCGCCGGAGGCAGGCUCGGGAGGCGGAGGCGCAGGUGGUGGCAGUGGCGCAGGUGGCGGAGGCAGUGCCGGCGGUCGGUCGGCGUCGCACCCUGACAAGGAGCGCUACGUGGAUGGCCAUGAGGCCCUUUCGCCCGAGGCCCUGCAGGCGCUGACGCUAUCCUCGCUGGCCAUCCUGCGCGCCGAUGCCGCCGCGGAGGGAGGGCUGGACAGCACCAAGCCGCAGCUGGUGCUGGCGCAGCGGACCGAAACGCUGGACCUGGUGCUGGCGGCGCGGGCCGCACAGGGCCGCAAGCCGGGCACAGCCGGGGACACUGUAUAUAUCACCUACAGCGCCAACACACACGUGUUGGCCCGUUGCGCCAUGGACCCAGGCUACGGCGAGGUGGCGUCCGCGCUGCUGCGCCACUCGGCCGGCGGCAAGGCGCCCAAGACCGCCAAGUUCUACGUGCAUCAUGUGCCUGGCUUGGCGGGCCUCACGUACGGCGAGGCACGGCAGCUCUUCCCGCGCGCGCUGCUGUGCGGCCUCCUGAGUCCUGCCUCCAGCGGCGUCGCCGGCCCCGCCGCCGCCCCCGACACGUCGCUCAACCCACCCGAGGUGACGCUGAUUGACCCCGAGGAUGACCUGAUCUUCUUGGCUACGUCGCGGCGAGACCUGCUGCCGGAUGCGGCGGCGCUGGGCGAGGCGCGGAGGCAGGUGGAGGAGCGGGAGCGUCUGGGACUGCCGCUCAAGGGCGCGCCCAAGCCGCGCCCGCUCACGGCUGCGGAGCGGGCCGCCGCGCGCGAGGCCGUGCCGCCGGUGCGCGUGGUGGUGCUGGCGUUCAGCGGCGAGCAGCUGACAACACUGGUGGAUGCGCUGGGCACUGUGUGUCCUCAAGGCUCGCAGGUGCUGCUGCUGGGCGGUGACCGAGCGGACGCGGCGCAGUGGGAGCGGCGCUGCUCGGCCGUGGCGGGGUCGCGGCUGCGAGUCAAGUCCAUGGCUGCCAGCCCGCGCUCGGCGGCGGCGCUGGCAGAAGCUGACGCGGCCAACGCGGACGCCAUCAUUAUUGCGGGCCUGGAGGAGGCGGACGCGCACGCCGCCGACGCGCAGGCGCUGGUGACGCUGCUGCAGCUCAAGACCCUGCUGGCAGACAGCCCCCUGCCUUACGUGCUGCCACAGCCCCCGCCGCAGCCGCCGCAGCAGGCGAAGCAGCCGGCGGCUCCCGCUGCUGACGAGGCGCCAGCUGCUGGCGCGUCAGCACCUUGCGGUACCGGCGACGUAGACAUCGGCAACCAGGGCGGCACAGCCCUGACAGCCGCAGCGCCUGUGUCCAGCAGCCCCUCGGAGUCCCCGGCUGCGCCGCCGCCGCCGCUGCCACCUCCGCCACCGCCGCCGCCUAAGCCUCUGACACUCGUGUGCCACAUACGAGACCCCGGCACCCGCUAUGUCGUUCAGACGCUGGCGGGAGAUGGCAGCGGCCGGCCCUCCCUGCUCUCUGGCGCCACGUCCUCCGCACACAGCGAUGCUGGCGGUGGCACUGACAUCUUCAGUCUAUUCACUGGAGGGGGCGGCGGCGGUGGCAGCAGCGGAGGAGGCGGCGGCGGCACGGGGCUGUGGGAGCGGGGCCUGCACGUGGAGGCGGUGCAUCCCGAACACCUGCUCACCGACGUUCUGACCGAGGUGGCGGGUGACCCCCGGCUCGAGGGUGUGUACCGGGAGCUAGCCUCGGCCGCCGGCAAUGACCUGUUCCUGCGGGCACCCGCACAGCUGGGGCUGCCAGUGGGCAGCCCGCUCAGCCUGCAACAGGUCUGUGACAAGGUGCGCGAGCGCGGGUCCACAUACCUGGGCAUCCUGCGUGGCGAACAGCUGGCGACUCGCGGCAGUGGCGGCGGCAGUGGCAGUAGCAGCCGCAGCGUUGGCAGUGGUAAUGGCAGUAGCAGUGUCGGCGGCACGGCGCAGGCAGGCAGCAGGCGGGAGGGUGUGGGGGCGGAGCAGCGGCGGCUGAGCCUAGGGCUGCCGCAUGAGGGGCCCGGCGCGGUGGUGACGCUGCAGCCCGGAGAUAGGCUGGUGGUGCUGGCGGUGCGGUAGCAGUAGCAGCAGCAGAAGCAGUAGCAGGGGACUGCGGGGCAUGACGAGGGGAAGUAAGACCGCACUGCGCACGACAACGAUGGGGCGCAUCUGUCCCAGCAUUUUCUUUGCAUCAGAACGUUGAUUUGGGGGUUGGCUUGAGAUGAGGUGUGCCAACCCGGGAACCCGGGAAUUACCAAACGGGGUUCACUUGGGGGCGUGCCCAUACACGCCGUUCCGUCCAAAGACCGAACCUUGGGGCAUGUGCAGGUUUGGGCGGGGCAGGUGCAGGUGUGGGCAGGUGCAGGUUUGGGCGGGGCAGGUGCAGAAAUUACAGCGUCCUGAGCGGUCGCCUGUGCUAUGCGCAAGCUCAACACAUUGUUCGCGUGUGGGGACGCCGCGUUAGCGAGCGCGAGAGCCACGGAUGGCCCUAAUACACCAUGGGGGCAUGUCGCACCCGUGGAGGGCACUGAAAGGAGGCACGGACUAGGUCACGGAGGUCACAGCAAUGCCAGGGAGCGAGCACACGCGCAAGCGUUGCUGAGUUGUACGGUACCCUUUUCCAUCAGGCCGCAUAGGCCGCACGCAGCAGUGAGGACUGAGGAGUGUUGUUGCUAGAGGAUUCCUGCUGUGCGGUUUAUUGCUUGCUGUGCUUGUGCUUGGAAGCGGGACGUGGCUGGACACAGUACGGCGGGCCGUGCCUGCUGUACGAACCGACCCCGGCUAUGUCCGGGAGAUGAGGCAGACGCUUGCGGCCUCAGACUCGAUACGUGGCUCAUCAGCCGACUUUUCCCAUAUCU